UGUUAAACGAGAUGUAUUCGAUGGACAUUCAGCAAGCGGUUCAUUUGUCAACUCGUGCCUAAACGCGGCCGACGCCUGCUUAUCAACCUUGCCACUUAGCUAGGGCAGGUCAACUUUGCCGAAGUAAAUAGUCGCCGAAGUAAUAGUAAAUAAAGUGAGUGUGUGGGGUGAAGUUUUUCAAUUUAUUGGACACAAAGAGGGGUCCAUAAAAUGGAGUAUAGCAAAACAAAACGGAAAGAUGGGGUACGAAUUCCAACAAAACACGUCAAAAGAAAACUGAUGACAUUUCUCCCACUGAGUGCGGUCUGCGUUGCUGUUGCCAUAUUGCUCAUAUACGUCGACGCAAUUCAAAUUAUCGCUAAUUAUCGGACCCACCUGACGUACGGCUCCGAGAUCCACGAGCUGCUGAGCCUGGAAGCACACGGCAUCCACGUGUCGGCCUACCUGUUCAACGUGACCAAUGGAGACGCCUUCCUGAGCGGAGAAGAUGACAAGAUGAAGGUGGAAGAAAUCGGCCCCUUUACUUACAAGGAGCUCCGCAGUAAUUUGGACAUCGAGUUCGACGAGGAGGCGAGGGUGGUGCGGUACUCUCCUCUAGCCAAGCCGGUGUUCAUGCCCGACGAGUCCAUAGCGCACCCUCGGGACGUGGUGGUCACCAUGCCGAACAUUGCUAUGCUGGCCAUGUCAUCUAUGACCAGUAAGGAGCCGUACUUCACUCAAUUGGCGUUCAAGCUACUCCUCAACCACCUGAAAACAAAAUCCUUAGUGAACCAGACUGCCGAGGAGUUCCUCUGGGGGUACGACGAACCUCUCAUCAAGCUUGGGAACACCAUCCUGCCGGGGUGGAUCAGCUUUGAGAAGCUUGGCCUUAUGGAUAGAUUGUACGAUACAAAAACGGAGUACCGUCUAGAAGUUGCCAUGGAUCAGUUCGAAAAAUUCCACAUCUUGAAGAUGAAUGGGGUCCAAGGGCUCAAGGUAUGGGACUUUGAAGACCCCACGAAGCGCUCCAAAUGUAACUCCUUUGCCGACGCUUAUGAAGGCAUCAUGUAUCCCAACGAGAUGAAGCCAGGAACCUCACUGAAGAUCUUCAGGAAUGUAUUAUGCCGGUUCCUCCCACUAGACUACCAGGGGAAGCUGACCCUGGAAACUGGGGUGGACGCUUUGCAGUACAAGGUCAGCAAGACGACUUACGACAUCAACAAUGAAACCGAGUGCCUCUGCGGGAGAGGCAUGUGCAUCAGUGGAGUCUCUGACUUGUCCCCUUGUUAUUACAGUCUACCCCUGGCUUUAUCUAACGCCCACUUCUUAUACGGUGAUUCCAAACUAUUUGAACGAGUUGAAGGCUUGAGUCCCAAUGAAGAACAACAUGGCAGUAAUUUUCUUAUUGAACCGAGAAUCGGCAUAGCACUGAAGUCCGAGUUUAGUGUCCAAGUUAAUGUGGUGGUGAACAAAGUUGACUUCAACAAAGAAGUCGAACGCUUCUCCGAAUUCGUCGUACCGAUCUGCUACUUCAAAAUGGUGCAACCUGAGCUUCUGGAAGCUAACAAGUACAACCUAAAUCUUAUGUACGUCAUCGGCCCUGCCAUAGUGUUAAGUCUCCAAAUAUUCCUGGUUCUCCUAGGCUUGCUGAUCCUGGCCUAUUGCGUCUAUCUAUUAUUGCCACACUUCGUCAGGAGUUCAGGCCAAGGCAUCAUCUUCCAGACGUCCAAAGAUAAUAAAUCACCAGCAACUAAGCUACCUCUGCUAGGGUCACGAUAGAAAAAGCCUAGGUUGGGAAUACUAGUCUUUAAUUAGGUUUUUUAAUUGUUUAGGGAGUGGUGUACAUUCAUGGUUCAAAUAUAUCUAACUAUAUCUAUAAAAGCGAAAGGUCACUGACUCACUCAUUACGAAAUCGCUAGGAGU